GCUCCAUAUUUCACGUAACGGCAAAGCGGCGGCACGCUUCCUGGGCCGUCGAACUGGCUCGCAAGAGCGCGGCUGGCGCGGCGACGACACAGGAAUGCGCAUUCCUGCGCCCGCCGAGUCUCGACCAAUGGGCGUCGUGGGCUCCUCCCACGUGACUCGCGGCAUACCACGCGUGUUUCUGCAGUCGUCGGAAUGCAUGCUGCUGUUUUUGUCAAAACUUCGGCGCGGCGGCAGCGGAUAGAGGUUGCCGCUCAUAGGCGAUCCGCAGGAGUAAUCUCCUAUGCUUCGCAGCGUGGACGAAGCGACGUGAGUGAAACGAAAAAGGCUGUCACCGCACGUUGUAAAUCUGCGUCACAAGUUGCGCGCUGACCGCCUCUGCGCGACCGUGGCCAGGCCCCGUCCGCGCGGGUGUAGCUCUGCCGGCAUUCCUGCGGUGAGGAGCGGUGGUGCGCCAACGCGCAUCGCUCCCCGUUGAUCAGCUGACAGCCCGAGAGAAAACUGUGCUGCGGACUUUCUCGCCUGUCUCGUGGUUUCGCUUGCUGUCCGCGCUGGAUAAGGACUGUAUUCGCGCUUAGCACAGAGCUACAGCUGGAUCUCCUCUGCAGCGCGGUGUGCGCGCUCCAUCAACCGUUCAUGCCUGUCCCAAAAAUGUGUGGGCCCACAGUAGCGGCUGCCGAGAAGCGCAAGCUUCCUUUACCCCUUAUGGCGUCGUCAUCAUCCGCGCCUCCUAGUGAAAAGCAGCCCCGGCGGUGCGAUGACGUCGCCGUCGAGCCGCUGCAACCGCUCGACAUGCGGCGCUCACGGCCUUCGGUGAUCCGGCGCUGCUCGGCUGUGGUGCGACCCAUGCCCGAGGAGCACGAGCCACCACUGCCGGCAAGGCUGCUGAGAAGCUCGACGACCACGGUGACCGGGAUGACUGGCAUCCGUGGGGCUUCCGACCAGCCAGACCCUGCGGUGGAGGCACACUUUCGCCGCUCGCUUGGGCCACAAUAUGCGGCACUGUUCGCCGGUCCGGCCGAAGCUGCCAGCUCAGCGCUCACCGUCGAUGACCACUUUGCUCGGGCACUGGGGCCGGACACCUGGCUACGCCUGCAGGACGGCCUAACCUCCUCCUGACUGCCGGCGAAGCAGCAGUUGCGGGUGUGUAAAUAGUCUCUUCAGUGGUGGCUCCUUGGUCCAGCGUACAGGACAACCUCUACUGUGCACCUUGCCAGCCUCCUGCAGCCCUUACUAAUCCGUUGCGACGAUCAUCCAGUGGCCUCAGUCAGGACUGGAGGGAAUUUCUUGGUGUGACCAGGCACUACGAAAGAUUGCCCUUGUAAAGAAUAUGUGCUGUCGACAUCAUCUUGAGGAACACUCCGGGGAAAAAAUGUGCAACAGCCUUGUAGGCUUUAUGGUGUACAAGGUAGUGCAAAUGCUAACACUGGCGACCCUGCGGUCUUGACGUGGAGCUCAUAAUGAACAUUGAUCCUUCACUGUGUCUAUCACUUGGGCUAGUUGGUUGUUUAAGGUUCCUAAUAAAAGCACAGACAACUUUGUGACUUUGAA